UCGGGUUAUGGUUAUAAGUCAUUGUUAUCAGUGGUUAUAACCAAGAUUGGAAAAAGGUUAGUUUGACAUUGCAUUACGUUACCCAGAUAGUUUACCUGAUAGUUACCGUGUGCAGAUAUCAUGUGCUCAGAUAAAGUGUACGAUGUUGCAGUGAUUGGUGGAGGUAUCUCGGGAAUCACCACAGCUAAAUGUCUUCUUGAUGACAAAUUCAACAUUGUCGUUUAUGAAAAGUCUGACGGUAUUGGCGGACUGUGGCACUUCAGGGAGAAUUCUUAUGGUGUAAUGAGAUUUACUCACAUAAAUGUCUCCAAAGUCAAUUACUGUUUCUCUGAUUUUCCGUUUCCGACUGAUGUCCCAGACUUCCCACAUCAUUCACAAAUGCUGAAGUAUGUUGAAUCCUAUGCCAAACACUUUGARGUCAUGCGGKACAUCAGAUUCAACACCAAUGUUGUGAYUAUUGAGAGAUCAGAAGAAGAUGGUCUCUGGUGUGUGACAUCAGUUACAGUUGAUGACACUACAGAAACACUUAGAUUCAAGUAUGUUGCUAUAGCAACAGGGCAUCAUACUGUUCCUAAUAUGCCAUCAUUUGAUGGACAACAUUCAUUUGAAGGAAGACUGUUCCAUAGUGUUGAUUACAAAGAUGCCGCAACCAAUCAGCUCAUUGGAAAGAAGGUAGUGGUGGUUGGUAUUGGWAACAGUGCUGUUGAUGUGGCUGUGAAUACAACUGAGAUGGGGAGCACUAAACCUGUUCAUAUCAGCACUCGCUCUGGUGCUUGGGUUGUCCCUAACUACGUCGCUGGGUAUCCAACAGAUCACUAUGCCUGCAGAGCCUUCCUGUGGUUGCCAUGGCAAUUAUCUAGCKUGGUGUUUGGCUGGAUCUGUAGGUGUGUGUUUGGUAGUCCAUGGAAAUGGGGUUUAAACCCCAAAAUGGGAGCAUUGCAAACACAAUUGACAGUAAGUCCCACCCUAAUUCACCACAUUCAACGAGGAAACAUCCACAUCAAACCCAGCAUUGCCAAACUAGAGAAACAAGAUGUGGUAUUUACUGAUGGAUCUAAAGUGGAAGCUGAUGCUAUUAUUUGCUGUACUGGGUACUCUAUAAGCCUUCCAUUUUUAUCACACCACAUUAAGUCACAGGUCGUUGAAGAGGGCACCAACAAAAUGAAUCUCUUUAAGAAUGUGUUUUCUCCCGAGUUGGGCCCCAGUAUAGCUUUUAUUGGCUUUGUUCAACCUGCUUCAGGAGGACUUCUCCCAGUUUCAGAAAUUCAAGCACGCUGGUUUUCAGCUCUUUGCAAAGGGAUAACAAAACUUCCCYCAAAAGAAAGAAUGUCAGAGGAGAUUGAGCAAGACCGUCAUUACAGCCAAAYUCGCUACUAUCCAUCAGRCCGUCACACCAUACAACAGGAUCCUAUAUUAUACAUUGAUGAUGUGGCAUCACAUUUUGGUGCCAAACCUCAAUUGUGGAGGAAUCCUACYRUGGCUUGGAGACUAYUGGUAGGUACAUGUGGUGCAGCACAGUGGAGGAUACAAGGGCCACACAAGUGGGACCAAGCUAAAGCUGUAGUGAAGAAUGUCUCAAUCACUCCAAUGAUGAACUGUUUUGGAAUCAUUAUGGUGCUUCUUCCAGCAUUUCUUAUAGCAUUCACAGUUUGUAAGGUAUACUGUCACUAGAACUUAUGUCUUAUGUCAUGAA